AUGUCGAAUGGAGCGCAAGCCUUUUCUGACAAGAUCAGCCACGAUCAAAUCGCCCAGCGAGAUCACAAUCAACAAUCUUUAUCAAGAAAAUGUCCCAUCGAACCAUCUGGAACUUACGAGACCUUCGGGAAUGAAAAAUGGAAUCACCCACGAACAAACAUAGUCAAGACUCUAGCAACAUUCUGGAGUUUCCUAGUAAUGGGAGCCAAUGAUUCCGCAUACGGACUUGGAGACUACUACAACCUCUCAUACAUAAUCGUCUCACUAGUCUUUCUAUCCCCCCUCGUCGGCUACGCAACAGCAGCAAUAAUAAACGACAGAGCCCAUUGCACUCUCGGCCAGAGAGGAGUGGCUUUCAUCUCAUCAGCAUGCCACCUAAUAGCCUACAUCCUUAACUGCGUUCACCCACCAUACCCUGUCCUCGUCGUAUCGUUCAUAUUCGCUGGCCUUGGAAAUGGAAUGGCUGAUUCGGCGUGGAAUGCCUGGAUUGGAAAUCUGGAUAAUGCGAAUCAGUUGCUUGGUUUGCUGCAUGGCUUUUAUGGUAUUGGCGCUGUUAUCAGUCCGCUUGUUGCUUCGUUACUUGUUGCUGAUGCUGGAUUGCCGUGGUUUUAUUUUUAUUAUAUCAUGAUUGGCGGUGCUGCGAUAGAACUUGUGGUUUGUGUUGCAUGUUUCUGGGAUUCAACAGGUGCUUCAUUCCGACUCUCCAAAAAGCAACAUCCAGAAGAUGACCUCGAGAAAGGAGGACUACGAAAAAUUCUGUUUAAAAUGCCCGCUGCGCGAGUUAGUUGGAUCUGCUCUAUCUUCCUUCUUGGAUACGUCGGUAUCGAAGUCGCCUUGGGAGGAUGGGUUGUGACGUUCAUGAAAGAAGUACGACAUGCUGCGCCGUUUUCGAGUAGCAUGACAUCCACCGGGUUCUGGCUUGGGAUUACCAUUGGGCGUAUUAUCCUUGGAUUCGUGACUCCGUUGAUUGGUGAGAAGAUCGCCAUCACUAUUUAUAUCUCGCUUGAGAUCGCAUUUUGCCUCAUUCUAUACCUGGUUCCGAACUUCUUCGCAGGUGCAAUCGCAGUAUCCCUACAAGGAUUCUUCUUAGGGCCAUUGUUCCCAGCAGUUGUAGUUGUUACUACAAAGCUCUUGCCAAAGCAUCUCCAUGUCAGUGCAAUUGGAUUCUGUGCUGCAUUUGGAGGUGGAGGAGCCGCUGUCCUCCCUUUUAUCGUUGGUGUUCUUGCGCAGGCCAAGGGCGUUGAGGUCUUGAUGCCUUUCAUUUUGGCGCUUUCGGGUGCUAUAUUGGUACUUUGGAAUUUUCUUCCGAGGAUACCUCAAGUCGGAGGUAUGGCGCAGAGGGGUGAAGGGGCUUGCUAG